AUGGGUGGCUCGGCGAGUCACGUGUGUCAUAUGGGGAGUAUUUCUGACAAUUGCCCCACAUCGCCGCCGAAAGCGCCUCAAUCGAGGAGAACGAUAAGACAGGCAUCGGCAAGCUAUGUCACUGGGCGCCGGCACUCUUCGGCUUCGGCCACUGGGGAGCAGGGACCGCCGCGGAGAAAAAUCUCUUCCCGCUUUGGAGGAGGUCGGGGCGUGGCCUGGGGCCUCGCAUCUGGUCGCAUACACGCGAUGAACGCCCAGCUCAUCCAACUGCAUUGUGCUAAUGGAGAGCUUGUAACCACACCGGAUACCAUUACAAAGGCACCACGUCUUGUUGACCCAAAUUAUUUGGAUAAAUCCGACAAAGACAUCAUUCUUCUCAUUUUGAAUGCAUUGAGAAGAACGGAGCCAAGACUUAUUGUACCCGAUAACUUUGAUGAUUGGCAAACGUUGAGAUUUGAACUACGCCGUUUGGGACUCGACAAAAUGGCCUCGAUGGAUGCAAGCCCACACACGAUUACCCUAUCUUGUCAAGCAGCACUUUCAAUUGGGCGACUAAAUCCAGAAGUCACUUUCCGAAAGGUUGUUCGUAUUGUCGUUUGUGGACGAGUGGCAAUUUGUCGGGAUGUUUUUGAAGAGCAGUUAAAUGAAGCUCGUGAUGGUGAUGCUGCAGAUGACAAAUACACGUCGCGUUUCUUUCUCAAGCACUCACAACUCGAGAGAGCUUUUGAUACUUUGGCAUUGAAAGGCUUUCGAAUGGUUGGUGCGUCGACCUUUGCACCACAGGUCCCCCAACCAGGCGAUGAAACUACUUUCUUACAUCACACACAAUACGCUUUCACCCGAAUUCCGGGGCAAGUGCCAAUUUUCAAGGACACUAAC